GUGAAACCCAUCGGCUCCUUUCUGCUCAUUUACCGCCAUGCGGCAGGCCGGAUGAUGCCAAAUGUUGCCUCCUUCAGACGAUGAUGUCGCAUUCCACGAGCUCGCCCGGAUCUUUUCAAUCAGACACCAAGGCAACGAGGUUCUCGAGAUUGAGAUCCUUCCUCCAGGUCUGGGUCCCCUCUUACAGGACGGCAACUCUGUCGGCAUCACGAAGAAGUAUUUAAUACAGGCUUUUCUCACGGCGAGACGCAAAUUUCUUGACGCUGUAAAUGGAAAACCAGUUGACCAACUUAAGCUUGAGACCACAGCCUCCCACUCAGCGCCUUGGAGUCACGCUUCAGAUCAAGCCCUCAUCGUGUCGACGGAGAUCAUUCUUCUUUUCGACUGUGAACAUCUGACAGCAUGCAACUGGCGCAAAAGGCGCCUGGCUGCUGCUAUCCAAUCUCACGAUCCAAGUGGCUCGGAUAAGGAUGGCCUUCAAUCACUCAUUGAUGCUUUGCACAAGGAGCUUUCGUUCACAAAGACAUACCUGUGUUCUCCAUUGCACCGACACACCAAGUCUCCGACCUUAUGGAAUUACCGUUCAUGGAUUCUGAGUCGCCUGAUCCGCCUCCAACGGCCAGGAAUGGUAGCAUCUACACCCCAGGGACAACCGAGCAAACUCUCCUAUGAAACGAGCGCAGGGAUUGUGGCUGGAGAAUUGGCUAUGGUACUUCGGUCUGGAGAGCUUCACCCUCGAAAUUACUAUGCCUUUGGUUAUUUAAGGGAGGCCAUCGAUCUCGUCUCUGAUACGAGCGAGAGUGGUCCUAAUGUCUCCGCUCUACUGGCUGAAUAUAUGAUUCAGAAAGUCCUGCAGUGGUGUCUGGCUCACCCUGCCGACAUAUCUGGAUGGGCUUUUACUAGCUUCCUACUUGAAAAAGUUUCCCAAGAUGAGAUCCGGAGAGAAACUGUCUAUCAGGUAAUACAGUUCGCUCUGGACAUUGGUUGGGAGGGUGAGAGUUUGUGGAUAUUCGUGGACUCGGCGUCGAGCACCCUCGAUGGCAAGAACGUGAUCGAGUCUGGGCACUGGGCGUCUCGAUGGGUUGCACUGACAGAACACUCUUUACCGAACGCUGGGUCGCAAGGUGGUUGGAGAACCUGGCUGGACAGGGCGAGGGCUGUUUGGGCUGCUGGCCCAGCGGUCAAUUAGGACAAAUGUCAGCCGUUCGAAUGAUUGAGGCGCACUUGAAUAGCUUCGAUGAUGGUGUAUGCGUACUCUCGGAGUUGGAACAUGCGUACCUUCUCACAUCAUACACGUAUACGUAAAUCAUGAGGAUGUUACAUGACUUGCGCGGUAGCCUCAUGCGAACGCUAAACGC